AUGGCACUCGACGCCCGCCACGGCCGCGUCCUCCUCAGCCACUACUCGCCUACAUCUAGGCGUGAGAGCGAGGAGGACCUCGUCGUGUGCGACACUGUCAAGGGUGACCUGCUAACACUGCCGUGGCUCUACCAUUGGUGCCGCAAUGACUGGACCGCCACGUUGGUCUGCGCGGUCGCUGGGUGCGACCACCUCGACUAUGCCCGCGGACCCUUCCGUGUUGUCUUCUUGGGAAUCGACAAGGCGUGGCCGUUCGUCAUGUCCGUAUGCCUCUACUCAUCUGAAGUGGGUGCAUGGAGUGAGUACUGUGGUUUCUCCCUUUUAACGACGAUCGCCGCCUGGCACCCUACCAACCUGGGGCCAUGUGCCCUGGUGUGGAAUCCACUCUUUUUUCGAUGCUGCACCGGAAUCCUGGAGCCCGAUUUGGACACACAGGAUUCUAAUGUUAGAUAA